AUGUUUGGAGGGUCGCGACGGCACCGUCAGGCCAGUCAGCCAUUGACAGCCGCAACCGCAAACCCUAAUGCUGCUACUGCAGCUGCCUCAGCCUUCGCGCGACGCGCAUCCAGCUCGUCUCUAUCAUCCGCCGCCGCCGCCGCCGCUCUGCGAUCGCGACCUACGACUCCCAUCAAUGUCGCCGAAGUACAGACAAAGCGAACGCAAAGGCGCAGUCGAUCAGUCUCCUCGCAGCGAAGCCAGGAUUUUCAACGGGACCUGCACCGAUCACCUAGUCAGAGCUCCAUGACCGAACGCACCUUCCGCUCACCUUCACCACACCGAACACCAGUGGCUGCUGCCGCCGAUGCGCCGCCGGUCCCGAAUAUCCCGGAUGACGUGCGAUCCAUCACGAACCAGAGUUCCUCCCACAAGAGGUCGACGAGCUUACAGAUGCAGCCAUUCCGCGUAGCGAGUCAGAAGAAACAAGAUGGCGCCGGAUCGUGGUUUGGGGCCGCACACGAGGGCAACUUGGCCAACAGUCUCGCCCGGGAGCUGUAA